AUGGCGCGAAUCGCAGACGACAUCGCGACGGAAGGCGCGGUCCUCCCAGUGCCGCUCAGCGAUGCGCUGAGCGAGCGCUACCUCGCCUACGCGCUCUCCACCAUCACCGCGCGCUCGCUGCCCGACGUGCGUGACGGGCUCAAGCCGGUCCAGCGCCGCCUUCUCUAUGCCAUGCGGGCGCUGAAGCUCGACCCCGACGCGGGUUUCAAGAAGUGCGCGCGCGUGGUGGGCGACGUGAUCGGCAAGUACCAUCCCCACGGCGAUUCUGCGGUGUACGACGCGCUGGUGCGGCUCGCCCAGACCUUCGCCGCGCGCUACGCGCUGGUCGAAGGCCAAGGCAAUUUCGGUAACGUCGAUGGCGAUAACGCCGCGGCGAUGCGCUACACCGAGGCGCGCCUCACCGAGGUCGCGCAGUCCCUGCUCGACGGCCUCGACGAGGACGCCGUCGAUUUCCGCGAGACCUACGACGGCGGCGACAGCGAGCCGGUGGUGCUGCCGGCAGCCUUUCCCAACCUGCUCGCCAACGGGGCUGCGGGAAUCGCCGUCGGCCUCGCCACCAGUAUCCCGCCCCACAAUGCGGGCGAGCUUUGCGACGCGCUCACUGCGUUGCUGAAGGACCCAAGGCUCUCCGACGAGGCGCUGGUGACGCUCGUGCCGGGACCGGACUUCCCCACGGGUGGCGUGCUGGUGGAAGCCCGCGCGCAGAUCGCAGACGCCUAUGCCACGGGGCGCGGCGGCUUUCGCGUCCGUGCUCGCUGGGAGAAGGAGGACAUCGGCCGCGGCCAGUACCAGAUCGUGGUCACCGAGAUUCCCUAUCAGGUGCAGAAGGCGCGCCUCAUCGAGCGCAUCGCCGAGCUCCUCCAGGCCCGCAAGCUCGCCCUGCUCGCCGACGUCCGCGACGAAUCGGCCGAGGACGUGCGGAUCGUGCUCGAGCCCAAGAGCCGCACCGUCGAGGCGGAGCUCUUGAUGGAGAUGCUGUUCCGCCAGACCGAGCUGGAGAACCGCAUCGGGCUCAACAUGAACAUGUUGGAUGCGGCGGGCGUUCCCCGCGUGAUGACGCUGAAGCAGGUGCUUCAGGCGUUUCUCGACCAUCGGCGCACGGUCCUGUUGCGACGUACCGCCCAUCGGCUGGCGGCGAUCGCCCACCGACUCGAUGUGCUCGGCGGCUAUCUGGUCGCGUACCUCAACCUCGACGAGGUGAUCCGCAUCGUCCGCGAGGAGGACGAGCCCAAGGCGGCGCUGGUGGCCGCGUUCGGGAUCAGCGACGUGCAGGCGGAAGCGAUCCUCAACAUGCGCCUGCGCGCGCUGCGCAGGCUCGAGGAGGCGGCGAUCGGGCGCGAGCACGAGGCGCUGGAGGUCGAACGCGCUCAGCUCGAAAAACUCGAGAAGAGCGCACGCCGGCAGAAGACCGUGCUCCUCGCCGAGAUCGCAGAAAUCAAGGAGCGCUUCGGGCAGGAGACUGUGCUCGGCGCACGCCGCACCGCCGUUGGCGGGGCGACCCCGCCGCAGACGGUCCCCCGUGGAGGCGCUGGUGGAGCGUGA